AGCCAGGAAGAAGUUAAUUAAACUCCGGUAGUUCUCUGAUCCUGUAAAUUGCUAAGCACUCUUUGGUAGAAGUAACAGUACACCAAUGGCGUGUCGCUUCAUCCUUCUGGCUGCAAUGUUGCUUUUCUUCAUAGCCCAGGUACACAGGGUUUCAUCUGAUGUCAAUAUUGAAGAACAAAACAAUCAGGAGCUCAAAGAAGCUAAAAGAGGGCUCUUGACAUUAAUAGAUUGUGCAGGGCUGUGCAAGGGUAGGUGCCGGUUGCAUUCAAGGCAAAACGUUUGCACAAGAGCGUGUGGGACUUGUUGUAUGAGGUGCAACUGUGUUCCUCCUGGCACCUCCGGCAACCGAGAGAAGUGUGGACCAUGCUAUACUGAUAUGACUACUCAUCACAACAAGACCAAGUGUCCUUAGUCAUCCGACCUUUCACCCAUCUCCUCCACUACCUUUCACCCAUCAAGAAAUCCCAAGUUGAAUUGAAUGAAUAUGUGUUGAAUUAUUUGGUUUGUUUCUGCAAGGUAGAUGCGUGUGUUCAUGUUAAUAUUUAUGUAUGAGAGUUGCUGUACGUUUAUCUCUAA